AAGGCUACGGAGCUGGACAAACAAGGAAGUGCCGACGUGACAGACGACGGUGAGGAUGGCGCUGCGUGCAGUUGGGACUCGUUUGCGGCAGGUUCACGUUAACCGCUUCAAGGUUGUCUCCAUCCAAACACUUGUGGAUGUGAAAUUGAAAAGAACCUGUCCGGUUGAAAUAAGUCACCUGGACCACUUGGUUCUGACUGUGAAAAGUGUGCCAGACACGGUCAACUUUUAUACCUCUGUCCUUGGCAUGGAGGUCAUCACUUUCAAGGGAAACCGUAAGGCUUUGGGUUUUGGGCAGCAGAAGUUUAACCUUCAUCAGCUGGGUCAGGAGUUUGAACCAAAAGCCAAGUAUCCAACCUCAGGCUCUGCAGACCUUUGCCUCAUCACCAAAACCCCUUUGGCUACAGUAGCUGAACAUCUGAAGGUCUGUGGAGUCGAAAUAGAGGAGGGUCCAGUGGAAAGGACCGGGGCUGUGGGAACCAUCACCUCUUUAUACUUAAGAGAUCCAGACCACAAUCUCAUUGAAGUGUCAAACUAUACCAAUUCAUCAUCAGACUGAUCUUAUCAAGACUUCUUUAGCCUUGUUUUUGGCAACAGUUGCUCUUGUUUUGUCCGGUGGUCCCAUUCCACAAUGUAAUAAUGUGUUCAGACCAUAUUAACUGUAAGCACUCGCAUUAUUUUCAUCCUGGGACUGAUAACAUCAGUUGGCUGGACAGAGAAGCUCUUUCUGUGCAGUUUUGCUGACCAGUGGUUGCUAUUUCAGUAAUGCAUGAACAGGCUUUUGUAGCACCCUACAUUCAGGAUGGAACGUGAAAAAUACACACUUUAAGAUGUCAAGCCAACUUCAUAGUUACUAGUGAAGUACCUUGUCUUUUGUUUUUUUAAGGUAAACUGAACACUUACACAAUCAGUGUUUAUUAAGUCUCUAUUUUAUGAAUAAAGACUUUCAAUAACUCUA